ACUUUGCAUACUAAAUCAGAAACACCCAUUCUUCUGAGGACUUUCAAAGAGAAUCCUCAUUGCCUCAUUUUCAACAGGAGCUUCUUAACUCAAUAAUCAAAAUGUUUGGGGGAGAUGCAGAGAAGGGAAAAAGAAUCGCCAUAAUUGGUGUAUCAACCUUGUUAUUGGUUGCUAUGGUUGUGGCUGUCACAGUUAGCGUGAACAAGAGUGAAGCAAACAAUGAUAUAGAAGACAACAUGAAGAACCAUGUUGCUACCACGGUAAAAGCAGUCCAAACCCUUUGCCAUCCCACUGAUUACAAGGAAGAAUGUGAGGAAACCUUGAUAGCAGAGGCUGGAAACACCACUGACCCAAAAGAACUUGUAAAAAUUGCCUUCAACAUUACAAUCAAGAAAAUUGGUGACAAACUCAAGGAAACUGAGUUGUUGCAUGAGGUUGAGAAGGAUCCAAGAGCCAAGAUGGCACUAGACACAUGCAAACAACUUAUGGAUCUUUCAAUUGGGGAGUUAACAAGGUCAGUUGAUGGAAUAGACGAGUUUCAUCUCAACAAUUUGGACAAAAUUCUCAUGAAUGUAAAGGUUUGGCUUAGUGGUGCUGUCACAUACCAAGAUACAUGCUUGGAUGGGUUUGAGAACACCACUAGCGAAGUUGGGAUGAAGAUGAAGGAGCUAUUAACAACAAGCAUGCAUAUGAGUAGUAAUGCCUUGGCUAUUGUCUCGGAACUUGCUGACACCAUAUCAGAUUGGAAUGUCACAAAGUUAACCGGGCGACGCCUCCUCCUUCAGGAUUCUAGGACUCCCUCAUGGGUUGAUCUUGGUCAUCGUAGACUCAUUGAUUCCAAGAAAAAUACUUUCAAACACAAGCCUAAUGUGACUGUAGCCAUAGAUGGCAGUGGAGAUUUCAAGAGCAUCAAUGAGGCAUUGAAGAAGGUUCCUGAGCAUAACAAAAAUCCAUUUGUGAUUUACAUCAAGGAGGGAAUUUACCAAGAGUAUGUUGAAGUUACCAAGCAUAUGACCCAUGUUGUGUUUUUGGGUGAUGGUGGAAAAAUUACACGAAUCACUGGAAACAAAAACUUCAUUGAUGGGAUUAACACCUACAGAACUUCAACCGUUGCUAUACAAGGAGAUCAUUUUGCUGCCAUCAAUAUGGGUUUUGAAAACUCUGCUGGCCCCCAAAAGCAUCAAGCAGUGGCAUUAAGAGUUCAAGCUGACAAGACCAUCUUCUUCAAUUGCUCAAUGGAUGGGUACCAAGAUACACUUUAUGCCCACACCAUGCGUCAAUUCUAUCGGGAUUGCACCAUUUCGGGUACCAUCGACUUUGUCUUUGGUAAUGCGCUAGCCGUUUUUCAGAAUUGUACUUUCGUGGUCCGAAAGCCAUUGGAAAACCAACAAUGCAUUGUAACUGCACAAGGCAGGAAAGAAAGGCAACAACCAUCAGGAAUAGUCAUUCAAGGGGGUUCCAUUGUGUCUGACCCUGAGUUCUACCCUGUGAGAUUUGACAAUAAGGCUUACCUAGCUCGUCCAUGGAAGAAUUACUCUAGAACUAUCAUCAUGGACAGCUAUAUUGAUGAUUUGAUUCAUCCUGAUGGCUAUCUACCAUGGCAAGGAUUAGAAGGUCCAUCCGGCAUGGACACUUGCUUCUAUUCUGAGUACCACAAUGUAGGUCCGGGUUCAGAUAAAUCAAAGCGUGUAGAUUGGGCUGGAAUUUGGAAUCUCAAUUCAAAAGCUGCACAUUUGUUCUCCCCAUCCAAAUUUUUCCAUGGAGAUGACUGGAUUGAGGCUACCGGGAUCCCUUACUUCCCUGAGAUUCCCAAGCAUUACAGGCACAAGAAAACAUUACUUAAUUGGUGAUAAUGACCACUUGCAAUCAACAGGGACUGAUUAUUAGUUAACACUUGUGUUGUUCAUUUCUUUUUCUCCUUUUGAUUUCAUUGAUAAUUCUUGGAGUGGGUAUUCAUAUUCUUUAUGUUCUAGAGAGAUGCAAAGACUUGCAGUAGAUGAUGUAUCUUAACUUUCCUUUUUGUAUAGUGACUAGAUAUAUGUGAAAUUAGAUACAAACAUUAAUUUUUGUUAAGUUGUACAAGUUAAAUCAAUAAAAUAUUAUUUUUCUUGCUGCA